CCGACGCAGUUCGCUGUGCGUUUCCCUAAACGAAUAAUUGCUUAGUAGUCGCGUUUAGGUCUCUCCCGUCUCCUCUAGAUCUGUCAUUUUGUGAUAGCAAAGAUUAAGGGAAAUCCGAAAUAUGUGUGUGCUUUCAUUAGGCGUUUGUUUCCCAAAAAAACCGUAACGGACGACGUCUAGUUCGCGAAUACCCAUCUGUAUUAAAGCAGUGGAUGUAUGUGUGUCGAGCUGAUUUCAGUACAGUGUUGGGAGAAUCGGACUUGAAGCGCAGCUCGGAAGAGAGAUGAAGUAAAUUUAGCGGCCGGGGAGGAAGAUACAAAGUUUGAUAACAACAGAUUCACCACAAUUCAUCUGGGAGAAAUCUAGCGUUUUAAAAGUCUUUCGAAAUUGUCUUUUUUUGUUUGGAUUCAGUUCUCCGUAACAUCGCACUUGUUCACAGCCCGGGUCUGGUCAAUGAACCGCUCUCACAGCAGACGGAGCGCCGUCUCUCGCUGUCGAGAGCCGGCGGCCGGAGUAACCGGCUCAUCUGGUCUGCUUUACAGGUGUUGUGUCAUUUCGAGCUCUCUUUAGCUUGAAUUACAAGCCGAGGGUUUGGAGCCUGCGGGGAGUUACUAAAACAGUAUUUUAAUCUCCACAACAUGGCUGUAAAAAUAAUGUUUACCUUCGAAUGCGCUCAUCCUCGACUUGCAACGCGGCGUGUCCCUGCCGAAAACAACCUGGAGUUGGCAGCCCGACAGCACCCCAUUUCUGCCCGCUGGCCUGGCUGCCGAGAAUGACUUCGCCUGCUGAGGUGGAGGGGAAGGAGCUGGCGUCGCUCAGCCCUGUGGACUUCAUCCAGCUUCAGCAGUACAUCGACUACUGCGGCUUGAAAGUCAAAGAUGUGCUGAAGGAUUUCUAUGGGGACAAGGCUCUGGCAAAGCACAGAAAUGGAGAGUGGAUCGAUGAAGAGGGGUUCCAGCUCUUCCUGAAGACUUACUUGGAGGUGGACGACCUCCCUGCGAAUCUCAGCCAGCGGCUGUUCCGAUCCUUUCAGAACUCCGAGAAGGACGGAGCCAGUGAUGCCGUCGUUCCGCCAGGCAGCUCUGGCCAGGUGUGUCUGAAGGAUGUGUCGUGUUACCUCUCUCUGCUGGAAGAGGGACAGCCUCAGGACAAGCUGGAGUUUACCUUUAAGCUGUAUGACAAGGAUGGCAACGGGCUUCUCGACAGCUCUGAAGUGGACCGGAUCAUCGCCCAGAUGAUGCGCGCUGCCGAGUACCUGGGCUGGGACGUCAGCGAGCUGAGACCGGUCCUGAAGGACAUGAUGACCGCCAUCGACUCGGAUGGGAACGGGACGGUGUCGCUGAAGGAGUGGAUCGAGGGAGGCAUGAACAAUGUCCCGCUGCUGGUGCUGCUGGGACUGCAGAUGACCCAGAAGGAUGGUCAACACCUGUGGCGGCUGAAGCAUUUCAACAAACCAGUCUACUGCAACGUUUGUCAGAACAUGCUGCUGGGCCUCAGGAAGCAGGGCCUGUGCUGCACUUGCUGUAAGUACACGGUUCACGAUCGCUGCGCCAACAAGGACGUGUCGCCCUGCGCCCGCACCUACGUCAAGUCCAAGAAGGACACAACGGUGAAAGCUCACGAAUGGGUCUGUGGAAACUGUGACUCCAGUAAGUGCGACAAGUGCCAGAAAAAGAUCAAGAGCUACCAGGGCCUGACAGGACAGCACUGCAUAUGGUGCCACCUCAAGCUCCACAACGAAUGCGUAUCCCAGAUGUCUCUGCAAUGUGACUGCGGCCCCUUGAGGGAUCACAUCCUGCCUCCCUGGGCCAUCUAUCCCAUCAUCCAGGAGCACAGCACCCUGAAAAAUGGUGCUCCCAGUGCCACAUCUCCAGACGACAACGGGCUGUACCACACCACGCCUGACGGGCAGGUCCUACGGAUCAGCCCUAUCCCAGACACGCACCCCCUCCUGGUUUUUGUGAACCCCAAGAGCGGAGGCAAGCAGGGGGAGAGAGUGCUGAGGAAGUUCCAGUAUCUGCUGAACCCCAAGCAGGUUUACAACCUCUCCAAUGGAGGCCCCGGGCUGGGGCUUCACUUUUUCCGAGACCUCCUGGACUAUCGGAUCCUGGUGUGUGGGGGUGAUGGCACAGUGGGGUGGAUUUUGGAUGCCAUAGACAAGGCCAACCUGCUGGUGAGACCCCCAGUCGCGGUGCUGCCCCUGGGCACUGGCAACGAUCUGGCCCGCUGCCUGCGCUGGGGAGGAGGAUACGAUGGGAUGGAUCUGCGCCGCAUCCUGAAGGACCUCGAGAACAGUACGCAGGUGCUGAUGGAUCGCUGGAGCGUGACUGUGAUCCCGGAGGACAGCAGGGAGAAAGGGGACCCUGUUCCGUACGAGAUCAUCAACAACUACUUCUCCAUCGGAGUGGACGCCUCGAUUGCCCAUCGCUUCCACAUGAUGAGGGAGAAGUACCCCCAGAAAUUCAACAGCAGGAUGAAGAACAAGCUGUGGUAUUUUGAGUUCGCCACCUCCGAGACCAUCUCUGCCUCCUGCAAGAAGCUGAAAGAGUGCCUGACUAUUGAGUGCUGCGGGGUGCCCCUUGACCUCAGCAACCGCUCAUUAGAGGGCAUCGCCGUCCUUAACAUUCCCAGCAUGCAUGGCGGCUCCAACCUAUGGGGUGAGCCCAAGAAGUCGGACGGCAAGGCAUCGGCCAAUCAGGAGCCCCCGCCGGUGAUCACAGACCCCGAGGUCCUGAAAGUGAGCGUGCAAGACCUGAGUGACCGGAGGCUGGAGGUGGUGGGGCUGGAAGGGGCGAUUGAAAUGGGGCAGAUCUACACCGGACUGAAGAGUGCUGGGCACAGACUGGCCAAGACAUCCCAGAUCACCAUCCGCACUAAGAAAGCCCUUCCCAUGCAGAUUGACGGGGAGCCCUGGAUGCAGCCCCCAUGCACUAUCCACAUCACCCACAAGAACCAGGCCAAUAUGCUGAUGGCACCUCCUCCUCGCUCCUCCAGUUUCUUCCACCUGAAGAAGAGCGCCCCCGAGAGUUAACCCCUGGGACUGCGACAGGCACGGCGCCUCCCGUCCCCCCACCCCUGUCCCACGUCAUCAGGGGGGCUCGGCGAGAGAGACGGACAGACGGCACACACCCCUUUACUCUCUUUUUUUUCCCCAGAAAUUAAGCCCCCAGUCACAUCAUGGCAUGAUGGCUGUUUCCACUCUGAUCAGCGUAGAGGGGAAAACCUCCUCAAAGACAGAUCCCAACAUUUCAAACAGAGAAAAGGGUCAGCCACGUAUUCAUUGUGCUAACCCUCCGACUUGCAGCUCCUCAAUGCCACUAACCCGGCCACUUGCAAGCGCCCUUUAUUCCAGGUUUUGAUUUCAUAUAGUUCGCCCAGACUGUGCAAAAGUAUUCCCGAAGUAUUUCCAAACAGAAUUCUGGACCCUACCUUGUAGUGCACAGGUGAAAUUCCUACAUGAGCUGUAGUCGGCAUUCAAUGGGAUUGUUGGAUCAUGACGGCACGCGGACUGGAUUCGGGAUUGGGAAUUUCCAGGACACUUUGGUUUCAUCCUCUUUUCUUGCUUUUAUCUCCAGUUGGUGUUACAGUGAUGCUGUCCUGUCAGUGGCCUUUUCUUGUGUUUUCCAGUUGUUUCUGAAAUAAUUGAAAUGCAUUGUCUGCUAUUCUUGUACUUACAGAGAGACGGUGCAGGCAAGGGUGGAUGUGAUAUUUAUAGUGGUUGUAGAGUCAGACAGGUGUCUUCCCAGUGCACACACUGCUCAUAGCAGACCUCUUAUUUAAUACUGGUGCGACAGAUAAAAACAUUCCGUCAGACCCUGGUCUGGUUGUCGGUAGUCAAAACAAAACUGGGACUACCAAAGGUACAGCAUGCUAUUUCUUAGACACUGGCAGAUCAGUGUAAAGUUUAACUUUCGACAUGACUUUUUUCCCGUUUACAGCUUGACAGCGCCCCCCUGUGGCUGGCUGGGGUCCUGCAUACCUGCAAAAGUGAGAAUUGUGUCAAUCCUGCAUCCUGCUCCUUGUUGUUUGUGCUGUAUGGCUGUAGUGUGAAAAAAGACAAUGCAUGUUUUGGAGGAAGUGUGCAUGGUUCCUUUUAUUUAAUGUAGGUGGUAGCAGAGAGAUCUGAACCGAUUAAUGAAUGCCAGCACCAAAUUGCUGUAAUGCAAGGAGAUAAUUUAAUCAGUCCCUCAGACUUUUUUUGUCUGAAAUGUAAAAGGUAAAUAGACUAUCCUGCAGCUGGGUGGUGAGGCUUAGUUGCACUUUUACUUCAGAGGUUGCUGUGCCUUAAGACUUUGGUCUUGUGCAACAUGGAAAAACGUCCCCUUGUCGUUUCCGGAUUACAGUGAUUAUCAAGUCUUAAAUAUUCAGUCAUUCAUGAACUUUUCAGCUUUGAGUGACGCUCAAUUGCUUCCCCUAGCAUCCAGUUGUUUAAAAUCUUUUUAGAAGGUGUUUUUUUGUGGAACAUUUACUGGGCAGAACAAGAAAAGGUCAUGAGGAAAUAGUUUAGCUUUUACUCAUUGGGCUCAAACAGUCUCUGUACUGUUCUAUAGCUGCUCUGUGAACUGAAUCCAGAUUUGUGCUACAGUAGUCAGCGAAUUUAUUAGAACACCCUGUUGCUUUGGUAGUUUUGAUGUGCUGAGCAUGUAAAAUCAAACCACUGUGUAUUAAAAUCUUCAAAAAACUAUCAUAACGGUCUGUGUUUGAUGGCUUUAAUUAGCUGCUGAAUUCAAUUUAAACCAGAACAAGAAGAGGAAAAGAUAAAAUGAAAGGGGUUGUCUAGAAAUUUGGAGGUCGGUCGUACAGUAAAGAACCAACAGCAGGCAGAAUUACAUCUUGCUGUGUGAUCCGAGAAGCUGUUUGGAACCACGAUUCUGCGUUCCGAGAAGAUCCUUAUGUAGACAAUUCUGAGAAAUGUCAAACUUUGCUUGAGGUUCUAAAUUAGUUCCUUACAAGAUGUGUUUGCAAAACUGAAUGACUAGUUUUUUUUCUGUAGUGAAUGAAUACUUACUUGUGUGUGUUCUGAAGCUCAAUAAAAGACAUUUACUGAGGUGUCACAGUAUAUGUUUUGCUUUUGCUCUUGGCUCUGCAGUGACAGUCUAGCCAAUGCACAUGGUUUAUGUUAUUACAGGUUCCUGGGAAUCAUGUGAUAUCAACAUCUUAAUAGACGUGCAGCAACUGUAAGUGUGGUUUGUAGACGAGGGCCCUGUUAUUUUAUCAGGUUUGAACGCAGUGGGUAGCCUGUUAUUUAUUGUGUUUGCUAAUGUAUACUUUUCAAACGCUGAAGUCCCCAGACUCAGCUCAGCCUGGUUUGCAUUUUAGAGACGAUGUUCUGUGGAGCCAUUCUUAUAGUGUCAUAAUAAAUCAAAUACAGAAUCUGUGUCAG